UUACUUUUUUUCACUUGGAUUCUAAUUGGUGGGCUUCUUCUGUGACCCGUGCUUUAGUGCCUUUGUACAAGUAAACCUGGGUUUCGCCAGCAGGAGAAGCACAGUUCCCAUUCUGCUGCUGCGUUAGCCUGAAUUCCAGUGUAGCAUCAACUUCCUGUGUGACAAGUGCCAGUGGAUGGAGCGUAAGUGACGACCAAGACAUGAAGUAGACAUUUGGAAAACUCAGCAUCAUACGAGCUUUUUAUGAGUAGAAUUGAGAUGUUUUGUGUCAUGACUCUCACUCUUCUUCCUGGAAAUACCUGUCUGGUGAUGUAGGAGGCCGUGACCUUCCAGGAUGUGGCUGUGAACUUCUCCAGGGAGGAGUGGGCUUUGCUGGAUCCAUCCCAGAAGAAGCUCUACAGAGACGUGAUGUGGGAAACCUUUAGGAACCUGGCUGCCGUGGGUAAGGACGAUGCCGCUUUCUCGUGGAUGUAGCUGGAGAGCGCUGAUCGCUGCUCCCCCGUGCAGAUUACUUCAGGGGGAGAUGGAAGCAUUAAAUUAAAGAACUCAGAUUACCGGCAAAUUGAAGAUAACUACAGAAGUUUCAGGAAAAAUCUAAGAAGUGAAGAGGUGGAGCAGUCCUGUGAAUAUAAAUUAUGGGAUCAACAUGGAGGAAUGGUUUCUCAGAUUCCAGAUCCAGAUGUGCACAUGACCGUUCUUGGUAUAAAACCCGGUGACAGCCUUUCCCCUAGAACGCCUCUGCUUGGUCCUUCAUCAGCAGAUCAGCUCAUCAAGACUAACACUGCACUCAAACCACAUGAGCAGCAGGGGUUUCAAGAGAAGCUGUCUACUUGUAACAAACAUGGCAAAGCCUGCACAGAACUGCAGUCCUUUCAGAAACAUGCAAAGACAAGUGCUGGGGAGAAACUCCAAGAAUACGCGCCAUGUGUGAAAUCCUCCUCUGAUUGCGCUGAAGAAAGUACCAUUGAAGAGAAGCCAGACGUCAACUCAUUCCUUACACCCAGCGAUAGUCAAGUCAGGGAAAGAUGUCACAAUGAACUGACUAUGAAUAUCUGCGCACCAUGGCAAAAAGACUUUAAUUCUCAUCAUGACAGUCAAUCGCAUGAAAAAGCUCACUCUGGAGAGAAAACUCAUGUAGGUAAACAGUAUGGAAAUCGCUUCACCAACAAUUCGUUGGGUAAUCAUGCAAGAAGUUACAAAGGGCAGAAAUUCUAUGUAUGUAAGCAGUGUGGGAAAGCUUUCAACAGAAAAGAUAAUUGGCAAAGGCAUGAACGGACUCACACUGGGGAGAAGGCCUAUGUGUGUAACCAGUGUGGGAAAGCUUUCAGCAGACGUGGUGUUUGUCAGAGUCAUGAACGGACUCAUAGUAGGGAGAAAUUCCAUGUAUGUAAGCAGUGUGGCAGAGCUUUCAACACACACAGUAAAUGUAAAGUACACGAGCUGACUCACACUAGGGAGAAAUCCUAUCUGUGUAAGCAGUGUGGGAAAGCUUUCAGCAGAAAAGGGGAUUGCCAAAGGCACGAACAGACUCACACUGGGGAGAAACCCUAUGUGUGCAAGCAAUGUGGGAAAGCGUUCAGCAGAAAAUACCAUUGGCAAAUGCAUCAGCGUACUCACACUGGGGAGAAACCCUAUGUGUGUAAACAGUGUGGGCAAGCCUUCAGCAGGAAACACCACUGGCAGAUGCAUGAAUGGACUCACACUGGGAAGAAACCCUAUGUGUGCACGCACUGUGGGAAAGCCUUCAGCACACAUUGUAAGUGCCAAAUACAUGAAAGGACUCACACGGGGGAGAAGCCCUAUGCGUGUAAGCAGUGUGGGAAAGCCUUCAGCACAAGGACUGUUUGUCAGAAUCACGAACGGACUCACACUGGGGAGAAACCUUACGUAUGUACACAAUGUGGAAAAGCUUUCAGCAGCAAAGCAAGUUGGCAAGUACAUGAACGGACCCACACUGGGGAGAAGCCGUAUGUAUGUCAGCAGUGUGGGAAAGCUUUUAGAUCACACAGAACUUGCCAGAGUCAUGUACGGACGCACGCGGGGAUGAAUCCCCACGUGUGUCAGCAGUGUGGGAAAGCCUUCAGCAGCAAAGCAGCUUGGCAAGUACAUGAAAGGAUUCACACUGGGACGAAACCGUAUUCAUGUACGCAGUGUGGGAGAGCCUUCAGCACCAAAGCGGUUUUGCAAAUACAUGAGCGGACUCACACUGGGGAGAAGCCCUAUGCGUGUAAGCACUGUGGCAAAGCCUUCGGCACAAGUGCUGUUUGUCAGUAUCACGAGUGGACGCAUACGAGGAAGAAGCCCUACGUAUGUACAGAAUGUGGGAAGGCUUUCAUGACCUAUUACCGUUGUCAGGUCCAUGAAAGAGUUCACACUGGGGAGAAGCCCUAUGCAUGCAAGGAAUGUGGGAAAGCUUUCAGCACGCGUGAUGCUUGUCAAACUCACGAGCAGAUUCACACUGGGGAGAAACCCUAUGUAUGUGAGCAGUGUGGGAAAGCCUUCACCAGGAAAGAUAACUGGCAGCUGCAUGAACGGAUUCACACUGGGGAGAAACCUUACGUGUGUAACCAGUGCGGCAAAGCUUUCCGCAGGAAACACCAUUGGCAAAUGCACGAGCGGAUUCACACUGGAGAGAAACCCUACGUGUGUGUAAAGUGUGGGAAAGCCUUCAGCAGGAAACAUCACUGGCAAGUGCACGAAUGGACUCACAGUGGGGAGAAGCCUUACGCACGUAAACAGUGAGGAAAAGCCUUCAGCACAGGCAGUGGUUGUCAAACUCAUGAAUGGACUCACUGGGGAAAACCCCCAUGUAUGUACCAAUAUGGGAAAGCCUGUGUCACAGAUUUAGAACCAUGUACGAACUCACUGGGGAGAAAAUCUAUAUAUGUAACCAGUGCGGAAAAGCUUUCAGCAGACAAUAUUAUUGUCAACUAUGUGAAAGAACUCAUACAGGCACCCUCUGUAUGUCAGCAUUGUGGGAAAAGCUUUCCGCAGACAACGUAAUUGAGAAGAACAUGAAAAGACCCACAGUGGAGAUAAACAGUGUACGCCAGCAGAGUGGGAAAGCUUUGAGAUCACACAGAUUGUCAGCAUGGACAGACUCACACAGGGGACAAACAGUGUGUAGUGUGAAAGCCUUUAGCACACACACAGAUUAUCAAGAACAUAAAAAGACUCACACUCCGGGAGAAAUCCUGUGCGUGUAAAUGUGGGAAAACUCACCACACCUGUGUUUGUCAGAGAAAUAACUUGCACUGGGGGGUAAAACGAUGUGUGUGAGCAGUGUGGGAAAGCUUUGAGCUCUGUGGUCAUUGUCAGAAACGUAAAGGGACGUACUGUGGAAGUGCUGUGUAUGUAAGUGAUGUCUGAGUGCACUCACUACACAGGUCCUGUCGCGUACACGAAAUAAGCAACCCCGGGUAGGAAGUGUGUAGCAGCAGUAAUGAAAGCCUCUGCGGUGGGCAGCGAGCACCGGAAGAGGAGAGAGUGCAAUAACAAUGUAUGAAGUGACUCAGGCCGGGGGCAGACCGAGGAGAACCUUUUCUUCUGAACAGUGUGAAACUUUUCUCGGUGUACAGAAGUAUCAUUACAUACAUGAAAGAAUUUCUAGCGAAGAGACUCAGAACUUACAUGUGCGAUCAGGGAGGUUUUUUUUUUUUUAAUUAAAUACAUGAAAAGAGAAACCCUCUGAAUGUGAGAACACAUUGUGUGAUGCCCACAGAGUGAGAAAAUGUAGAAAUUCAUGAGUUAGUAUAAAUGCAGAACAUGAGGACUCAUUUUCACAUCAUGUUUCAUAAAACGUGGAAUGGCACUCUGGAGAAAUUCAUAUCAGUGUUUGUUACAUGGGAACACCUGUUUUCAUUUUGUUGUGAUUCAUGUGUCCAACAGUAUUGUGAGGCCGGGGCAUAUAGCUCAGUGGCAUAAGCACCUGCCUGGCAAGUGCAAGGUCCUGAGUUCGAUUCCCGGUACCAAAAAAAACCAGUAUUGUCAGCAACCGUUAACAUAAGGGUUGUACAUCAGUUGUCCUACAUGCAAGAGCGAAUACUGAACCAGGCGUGGUGGCUCACACCUGUAAUCCCAGCGUUCAGGAGGCUGAGGCAGGAGGAUCGUUGUGAUUUCCAGGUCCUCCUGGGCCCUAACUCAAAAUUAAAAAGAAUAAAUGUGCACACAUAAUUCUGAAGCUUCUUGUAAGCAAUAGCGUACUAGUUUAAUGUUGUUUCUUCAAAUACAUAACUGCUUUAUUUUGCAGUGUGUAAUAUCCAAAGGUGAAGUAACUUGCAUUUCUUGUAUGACAGUAGGCUCAGGAUUUUGUAGGUUAUUUUUGUUUCCUUUUUUCUUUUUCAUUUUCCUUAACUGUUGCCAUUUUUUCACUAGCUUCUAUUUGAAACAUUGCUGCACACAGUCUGUUACUCUAGCAAGAAUUUUUUACUUGAAUGUCAUAGUUUAUAAUUUCUAGUAAUUUCUGUAAGUGUUCUUAAGCGUGCAUCUGUGUUCAAACAAGUAAAUUAGCAAAUAACUCUGUUUGUUUAAGACAUGGUCUUACGGGGCAGUGCAGUCUGGCCUUGACCUCACUUUGUAGCCCAGACUGGCCUUGAACUCGCAACGAUCCUCCUGCCUCAGCCUCCCCAGUACCGGGAUGACAGGCGUGCACCACCACACCUGGCUUAGGUUUUUAAUAUUCUAAGAAGAUGUCUUUACAUAUCCCAGCAUAAUUGCAGAUUAUAUGCAGUGCAUAAUUUUCUGUUUUUUCUUUCUCAGAGGCAUUAAUGUGUGUAUACAGUAUUUGUUGUUUUUUAUCAUUAAAUUUAACUUUUCAUGCUCGUAUUUCCAUGCUUUAUUUAGGAGAUAAUUUAAUUCACCAUCCAAAAAAAAAAAAUCUGUAUUUUUGUAAGUCCCCCAGUGUCAUCGUCAGAGACCAAAAGAAUCAUAUAUUUUCUCAAGGAAGAUACAAUGCCUUGUAACUAUUAACUCCUGCACCAGCUAUAACUGUUGAUGGGAUGUGUCAGCAGGAACAUUCUCAGGAAUAUUUGACCAUGUUGAUGUUUGGACUGGUUUCUAGUCUUCAAAAUGAAGCAUUUUUUUAAUGUUGUGGAUACCAUUUGUGCUUUGGAAAGUGAUUUUUUUUUAACCAGUGAAACUCA